ACCUGCCUGGAGUUGGAACGCUAUCUUCAGAGUGAGCCCUGCUACGUGUCAGCCUCUGAGAUAAAAUUUGACAGCCAGGAAGAUCUGUGGACCAAAAUCAUUCUAGCUCGAGAGAAGAAGGAGGAAUCAGAACUGAAGAUUUCUUCUAGUCCCCCAGAAGACUCUCUGAUCAGCCCCAGCUUUAAUUAUAACUUAGAGACCAACAGCCUAAACUCUGAUGUCAGCAGCGAGUCUUCAGACAGUUCUGAGGAACUUUCACCCACGACCAAAUUUACCUCUGAUCCCAUUGGUGAAGUCUUAGUCAGUUCAGGAAAUCUGAGCUCCUCCGUCAUUUCCACACCUCCUUCUUCUCCAGAAGUGAACAGGGAAUCUUCUCAACUAUGGGGCUGUGGGCCAGGAGACCUACCCUCACCAGGGAAGGUUCGAAGUGGAACUUCUGGGAAGUCUGGUGACAAGGGUAGUGGCGAUGCCUCCCCAGAUGGCAGGAGGAGGGUACAUCGAUGCCACUUCAACGGCUGCAGGAAAGUUUACACUAAAAGCUCCCACUUGAAAGCACAUCAACGUACUCACACAGGAGAAAAGCCUUACAGAUGCUCAUGGGAAGGUUGUGAGUGGCGUUUUGCAAGAAGUGAUGAAUUAACCAGACACUUCCGGAAGCAUACCGGUGCCAAGCCUUUUAAAUGCUCUCACUGUGACAG